GUACAUAUGUUUGAAAUUUCAUGUUUGUACUGGCAAUGAAUACAACUUCACCAAAAUCGUCGUUGGCGAAAUUGGGACUAUACCCUCGACCUAAGACCCUUAAAGUUAUGAUUCUCGGUCAAGGUGGAGUGGGGAAAUCUGCAAUGGUUGUUAGAUUUAUCACAAGAAGAUACAUUGGUGAAUACGAUCCAACAUUAGAAAAGGUCUACACUUUCCAUACAGUCAUUGACAAUGAAUUGGUAUAUUUCGAAAUCUUAGACACAGCAGGACAACCACACGAAACAGAAUGUAUGGGCUUGGAAGCGAAUAUUCGAUGGGCGGAAGCGUUCAUUUUAAUGUAUUCCGUGACUGACAAAUGUUCAUUUGACGAAUGCCAUCGUCUUAAAUUCCUAAUAAAUUAUAACAAAAGAAGAAGAAGACUGGGAAGUGCAGGAAAAGAUGGCUGCGGUGACGUUCCUGUAGUGCUAGUAGGUAAUAAGACAGAUCAAGUAGAAGACCGAAUGAUAUCCUUAGAAGAAGGACAAAGAAGAAGCAAAGAGAUCGGUUGUGUUUGUUUCCAUGAAAUUUCCGUGAGAGAAAGUAUUGAACAGGUAUGGAACGUUUUCCGCGACGUAUGUCGCUUUUGGAGGGUACAUAGUAAAAAUCCAACAAAACUUCGACGUAGCGGUACUGAAAAAGAACCAAUAUCACCUGAUACCAUCAGAUUACUGUGUUCCGCAGCUGUCUCCCCGAGUAGUUUAAUUCCUUACAGUUGUAGGCCUACAGGAACUAUAGGUAGACGCUGGACUGAAGAAGAGCUUGAGGAAGAAGAUGAAUCGGAAGCAAAAGACAGCAGUACAUCAAGUUCGCUUGAAUCUACACCAUUUAGAGAAAGAGCUUCGACCGAUGGCCACCUGCAACAGAAACCUUUGAGGUGGAGGUACCCACCUCCGUCGAGUUCAACCGAUCCGAUCGGUUAUUCCUCUAGAGCCAAUAGGCGAAUGAGUAUAUCCAUGAAAGGAAAUAAUGCCAGCUAUUAAUUAGUAUGUCUACUGGAGAAAUACAAGAAAUUGUUUGAAGAUUUUCCUGAUUCUUUGUGCUCUUUUUUAUAUUGUCAAGUCAAUCAAAUAUUCCACAAAAGCCAUUUUGAGGAAGAUGUCGUAUUUAAAUUAUCUAUAAGAUCAUUUUUAACAUGAUCAAUUUCCAUGGAAACAACAAAACUUAUUGAUAUUUAAUUAAGAUGGAAAACCGAUGCUCAAAUAUUUCCAAUUGUACCUCUUUGGGGUUUUGCUAUUUACCGUCCUCAUAAAAUCUUUUUAUUGCCCACUAAAUCGACUGAUUAGUUUUGUAUUUAUCGAUUUAGCUCAUUCUCGCUCAGUCAUGUGAAUGUUACGGGAAACGUAGAUUCUGCAGGAAAACCAAAAGAUCGAUUCAUGAACGUUUCUGUUUGCGCUUACCUUCCACUUAAAAUCAUUGAAAUGCGUGAGAAAUUUCAAAAAUAUGGUUUCAUAAUUUUCUGUUGGCGUCGUUCUAGCAUAAAUCAAUUUUAUAAGCGAGUUAAUUUUAAUCACACGUAUGUUAUUAACACCCAAGCAAUC